AUGGAGCUUUUUACUUUCGGCGUCAACGCUCAAUUUCCACCCGCUUCCACCCUCACCGCCGAAGCAGCCACAAUCCUCUGGGCGUCAUGGUGCGAUGUGGUGAUUGCAAGCCAAGACCACACAGACUUGUGGACAGUUGAAUACAGAGGCACAGGCCUCACCGCCGCCCAAAAAGAUCACCUAGCUCGUGAUGAGCACAUCAAAACCGCCGUUAGCAAGGAUGAUAGCACAGUCCACUUUUUCGGCGGCGCAAUGCACGACGGAUUGCGAGGCUAUGUCAUCUCGAGCCCCGACGCCUCAAGCACCAAGAACGAGAUAAUCAUCUUUGCCACGGAACUAGAGAUAGAAGAGGGGCAACCAGACUUCCAAGUCUUCCCAGUGAACGAGAGUCACAGGAUAAUAGAUAUCAACGUCUCAAGUAGUGGGGAUGUAUUCCUCAGCGCAACGAACCGCGUAACCAACCAAGCGCAAAUCCUCCACGUCUCCUGCCUAUCAGAUCUGCAAAGACACCUUGCUUCACAUUCCCCUCUCCACUGCAUCACCAAUAGCACACCUCUCGCUUCCUUCAUCCCCACACAAUGGGAAAUAAAUGCAACGACCAGCACCGUCCUCGAUCAUGAGGGUAAAGUCUACACCUCAACUCGUGAUCCACGGUACUCGAAAUGUCUUGGCCGGGCAUACGAAGGUAACUCAACUUUUGAGCCUGUUCCCUACCUUUCCGAGACAUGCGUUGCAAAGGUGGCGUCGUGCGGGUAUAUGAGUGCGGCUGUGAGUACCGACGGGGAGUUAUUUCUGUGGGGCCAAGCGUGUCCCGGGUCGACGGGUGAGCUUGGAGUGCUGAAGGAAGUAGAUAUGUCGGAGUACAACGGGAGCGAAGUGCGGUCGGUAAGAACGGGCAUCUGGGCUGAAGGCGAGCAAGAUGAUUUUAUCAAGUGUCUGACGGUAUGCAUUGAGGGCGAGGAGGCGAGGGUGCAUGAUGUUGCGAUAGGAAAUGGACAUCUCCUGGUUGCUGCGCAAGUGCCAGGGUGUGAAGACGGGGGGAAACAGGCAGUUUUCGCUGCGGGAGAUAAUAGCAGGGGGCAAUUAGGCCUAAGUACGCAGGUGGGUUUUGUGGAAGAGUUCGAAGAAGUGCUAUCAUUGAGAGGCAGGUGCAUUAAGCAAUUAGUAGCGGCAGGGUGGUCUAGCUUCGGAGUAGCAAAUAUAUGA